UUAUUGAAGACUGCUAAUACUUUAAUCAGGGAAAAAUCUACCCAUUUGUGAGAUAUUUUUUCAUGAAAGGCUUGGCUGCCAAUAAGCGCCGGAGUGGUUUCUGCUGGCUCUCCACCCGGCCGGAAAUUUGUUGUUGUCGCCGGUUUUAGCACAAAUUUCGUCCUGGCCGACCGAAGUGCAGAUUUUCGCUUGAAGUUCUGGGACCAGUCGUGAAGUGGCAUUCAAUUUUGGCUGAAGGACAUUCUAGAUAUGCAUGGAAUAUGUGCAAGCACCCUUUGAUUGCGGCAUCGUGUGUGUUCCCCUUAACCCUUUCAACUGUGUGAUUGUUGGUGGCUAGCUGUACGAUGGCAGAAGUCGCUGGCUGUUCUCAAGCGGAUGCUGAUAAACAGGGAUUGAAGCACCUGUCCUUCUUCUAUGCCACGGUCUGCGCUGUCUGUGACGAUCCUUGUCUAUCGGAAGAUGGUCUGUCCACACUCAAAGCCUGUGGCGGUUGCCAUCUCAUUUUCUACUGCGGAGCUGAUCAUCAGAAGGAGCACUGGAAAUUCCAUAAAGAAAUCUGCUUAAUUGUACGAGCCACCUCCAAAAAAUUAGGAGCAAACAAGAUUAGGGGUUACCGUAUUAAUGAUGAUCUCGAAGAAAGAAAUGAUAUGUUCACAGAGAAUGCUUUCGGUUUUAAUACGUAUCGAUAUUAUCUGUAUUUCAAUGUUCAGAAAAAGAUACGACGAGCUCUCUCAACAGCAGAGUCUCGAAUGAUACUGUAUCCAAGAAUGUGCAACAUAUGCUUUUCUAAUGAUGUUAAACAGCUUCAAGUGUGUGCCAAAUGUCUUUGUGUAUCAUAUUGUUCAAAAGACCACAAGGAAAAGGACAAAGAAAGGCAUUCUAAAGAUUGCUCUGAGCUCCGAGUGUGUUUUGAAAUUGACAAGUCUCUUUUAGAGGCUGUUGGGUUUGGAGACAUUCCUUUUUCAGAUCCUGUGUCUUGUGAUUUUCCUGGAAGUCCUUCAUGUCUUGAAGAUAUCAAGAACUAUUCUGAAUCAUUAUUACAAAACUUGGGAACUAUUGAGGGGCGUGUCCUGACAGAUAUAAUGUCCGCUCCUAUGACCAUAGUACAAUUGUUGUAUUCAUUGGAUUUAGCUUCUAAAUCAUCUUUGUCAAUUGAAAUUGUUGGAGCAGGAGGAUUUGAGAUGCAGUAUUUUGAGAAGUGGGAACAACUGCUGCACUGGUUACCUGUAGUGAAUACUUUAAGUUUAACAUUUGUGGGACCUGAUGUUGAAGGCCAGUUAGGCUGUAUGAACCUAUGCGAGUUGUGCGUCUCUAGAAAAGUGGAUUUAAAAAUAGUGUGCUCAACUGAAUUUUAUCAUGAUUUUAUCAACAUCCACAGCAGACCUGAUUUAAUAGUAGCAUUUAAUGCUGGAUUUACAGAAAAUAUACAAUGCAAAAUUAAGGACACUUGGAAGAAUUCCAUCCCUGAGAUGAUAAAACGGAAUUGUCCAAUCCUUGUUACUUCCUAUACUCAUAAAGAGUCUAAAAGUGAUCUUAACAGGGUUCAAUCUCUUGUUAAAAAUGCAAAUGUGCUCAUGGAUUGCCAGAAAAAUAUUUUCUCUGCUAGUAAACCACUUCAAGAUUGGGAAUUGCAUGAUGAUGAAACAAUUCCCCAAGUGUAUUACAGAAACUACUACCUGUUUGUUGUUAAAGCAUAACUUAUAAGUUAUUGUGCAUGUGAUAAUAGACGUAACUCUGUUUUUCAUUCAUCUUGCCAUGCUAUUCUGUUUUUAGCCUUGUUCAUACAGUGGUAAUGGUCUUAUCGAGUUUGAAGUAAAACAGCAAUGGAUUUUCUAACAGUCAUUCAGAUUUCUGUUGAUUGGUCGCUUUAAUUACCUUUAAUAUCUAGUCAUUUUUAUUUCACCUAAUUGGAUUUUUAUUGUAAAAUGGUCUCUCUGAUGAAAUAUUUGCAUAAUAAUGAAGGUUUUUCUAUCAUUUUUGAUUUGUUUUGUAAGUUAUUUAGGAUGGGUGUUCCUUGGAUGAAUGAAAAGCAUUCUGAUAAUUUUUAUCUGUGUUGUGUAAGAUCAUUUUCUAUGGUUUUAAGUGCAUCCAGAAAAUAAAGUCUUCUCAGAACUGCUA